CCGGAUACCGGAAGUGGCUUGAGAUGAUCGAAAGCGCCUUGUCCUGCAGCAAUGGCGGCGCUUGGAGUUGCGGCGAUUAGUGGCCAUUGGUUUUCGGCUCUGGCGCUCGGGGUGACUCUCCUCAAAUGCCUUCUCAUCCCCACAUACUAUUCCACAGAUUUUGAAGUCCACCGAAACUGGCUUGCUAUUACUCACAGUUUACCAAUAUCACAGUGGUAUUUUGAGGCAACUUCAGAGUGGACCUUGGAUUACCCUCCUUUUUUUGCAUGGUUUGAAUAUGUCCUGUCACAGGCUGCCAAAUAUUUUGAUCAAGAAAUGCUAAAUGUCCGUAAUCUGAAUUACUCCAGCCCAAGGACUUUACUUUUCCAGAGAUUGUCUGUCAUCUUUACAGAUGCACUUUUUGUGUACGCUGUCCACGAGUGCUGUAAAUGCAUUGAUGGAAAAAAGGGGGGUAAAGAACUCACAGAGAAGCCAAAGUUUAUUCUUUCGGCAUUACUGCUGUGGAACUUCGGGUUGUUAAUCGUGGACCAUAUUCAUUUUCAGUACAAUGGUUUUUUAUUUGGGUUGAUGCUACUCUCCAUUGCACGAUUAUUUCAGAAAAGGCAUAUGGAAGGAGCAUUUCUCUUUGCUGUUCUCCUGCAUUUCAAGCACAUCUACCUCUAUGUAGCACCAGCGUAUGGUGUAUUUCUACUAAGAUCUUACUGUUUCACUGCAAAUAAACCAGAUGGGUCUAUCCGAUGGAACAGUUUCAGCUUUGUCCGUGUUCUUUCCCUGGGACUGGUUAUUCUCCUAGUGUCCGCUCUUUCAUUGGGUCCCUUCAUAGCCUUGAACCAACUGCCUCAAGUCUUUUCCCGACUCUUUCCUUUCAAGAGGGGCCUCUGCCACGCGUACUGGGCUCCAAACUUCUGGGCUUUGUACAACGCUGUGGACAAAGUGCUGUCUGUCAUCGGUUUGAAACUGAAACUUCUUGAUCCCAACAAGAUUCCUAAGGCCUCAAUGACAAGUGGUUUGGUCCAACAGUUUGAACAUACCGUCCUUCCUUCAGUGACCCCCUUGGCCACUCUCAUCUGCACUCUGAUUGCCAUAUUGCCCUCUGUUUUCUGUCUUUGGUUUAAACCCCAAGGGCCCAGAGGCUUUCUCCGAUGCCUAAUUCUUUGUGCCUUGAGCUCGUUCCUGUUUGGGUGGCAUGUCCAUGAAAAAGCCAUACUCCUGGCAGUUCUCCCCAUGAGCCUUUUGUCUGUAGGAAAAGCAGAAGAUGCUUCGAUUUUUCUGAUUCUGACCACCACAGGGCAUUAUUCCCUCUUCCCUCUGCUCUUCACUGCACCAGAGCUUCCCAUUAAAAUCUUACUCAUGUUACUCUUCACCAUCUAUAGCAUUUCCUCACUGAAGACACUCUUCAGAAAAGAAAAACCUCUUUUUAAUUGGAUGGAAACUUUUUACCUCCUUGGCCUGGGGCCUCUGGAAGUCUGCUGUGAAUUUAUUUUCCCUUUCACCUCCUGGAAGCUGAAGUACCCCUUCGUCCCUCUGUUACUGACUUCGGUGUAUUGUGCGGUGGGCAUCGCAUAUGCGUGGCUCCGGCUGUGUGUGUCAGUGUUGACUGACCCUCCCGCUGGCAAGACAAAGAAGCAAUGAAUAAAGGAACUGCUGGGAUGUGUGCCAGGCAAUUAUGUCGGGGAAAUUAAUCAGGACUUGAGGCAGGUUGCUAGUGGUGUGAGCCAUUCAUUUCAGCUGGUCUGUCUUGAGGACCAUUCUUUCCAACAGCUUAGCCCAGCCUAGCAACCUGAUUGUCACUGCAGUGAGAAGCCAUUUGCCCUUCCUAAGCUGGAGAAAAAAGCUCAUCUUCCGCUGAUAAAAUUGUCUGAGAUCA